UGCCCGACUGGAGGUUUGCGCAGGAGUGAAGAGCCGCCCAAGGCGAAUUAACUGGUUUCUGAUUGGCUGUCAGGAGAAAAUGACUGGGCUUCGCGGUCCAGCGCCGAGAGCCUAGAGGAGGCGGGGUCGCUGGACUUUGGGCGCGAGCGGUUGAAAGACAGGUGGUGUCGGUUCGGCUGUCAAAGUCCGGUCCCGCCGCCCAGCCCGGCUCCAUGGAGGACCCUGAGGAGCUGCUGGUUUCUUCGCCUCCCCCGCCGCCUCCCUCCUCUCCCUCUUCUUCAAACUCAUCUUCAGCAUCUUCCCCAGGCGUCCCGGGGAGUUUGGGAUGGCCGGUUCCGAGCAGGAGCAGCGGCCGGACAGUGGACCCCCUGGAGGAGGUGGAGCUGCAGAUCGGAGACGCAGCAUUUUCCUUAACCAAACUUCUUGAAGCCACAUCUGCAGUAUCAGCUCAAGUGGAAGAGCUUGCCUUCAAAUGUACAGAAAAUGCACGUUUCCUUAAAACAUGGCGGGACCUCUUGAAAGAAGGCUAUGAUUCCUUGAAGGCUGACAACUGACUUGCCAUGUAAUAGUCCAUGUGUUCUCACGAUAUUUGCACAUGUACCAUAUGGAUAGGAUAAUCCAGCAGUUCUGUGAAAUGAAAAUGAAAUUUUGCUUGGUUUUCUUCAUUUUGUGAAAAUAGAAUGUUAUUUUUGAUGCUGACUAGUAUUUAUCUUUAAAUACUUUCUGUCUGCUAAGCUUUCACACAAUCUUUUAUGAAAGUUAAUUCAAUCAGUAGAUAAUAUAAUGCCACAGUGUUACCAGUCACAAACUAGAUAGACCAUUUGUUUGAUUUGCAAGAAGAUACCAAGCAUGGCAGAGUUUGAAGUUGAGCCUCAUUUUUUUGGAACAAAGGAGAUGACUUUAAGGUUUAUCACUGUUUGACUCAGCUCUAUUUGGCUAGGUUCCGUAGAACCAGUUAUUGUGUCUUAUUUAAUUCUGUAUUUCCAGCACCUAGAACAUUGUUAUACAAUAAUCACUAAAUGUUCACUGAGUAAGAGUUGACAAUACAAUUAAAAGCAGCUUUUUCUCCCUGUUUUUAGCAUGAAGAUUAUAAUUUUUUCUUGAAGAAAUAUUUGAGUCAGAACCUCAUUAACUUGGAGAAAAACAUUAACAUUAUUGCUCUCUUUUUUAACAGGGAUUUGAACUUUAACUAGUAACAUCUUUUUAAAAUACAAAUUUUUUUGCCCUUCUCUGAUGGAUUU